CCGAAGCCGAGAAGGUCGCAGGCAGGAUGGCCGCCGUUGGAUGUGGAAGGUUGCUGUGCGGCGGCUCUUCUCCCCCACACAAAACUAGCAAUCCCCCCCUCCUAAAGCCCUCAACUCGCCGCGCCCUCUGCAGACCGACUACACCCGAGAAGCUACUUAUUCGAAUUUCCCGAAAGGAGGAUCGAUCCCACCUUAACACUUAUUCUCCUCCUCCGAACACUCCGAACACCCCGAAUCCCCCCACACAGCAUGUUCAAUAUCGUGCGAAGCACUGGCAGGCCUCUUUUGGCAUCUGUCAAGGCCACAUCCAGACAUACACAGAUCAAUAGCAAUCUUGUGCAGUCCCAGCGGAGAUGUCUUUCCAUCCACGAGUACCUCUCUGCAAACCUCCUUAAGUCGUACGGCAUCGGCGUGCCCAAGGGCGCGAAUGCGACGACUGCGGAGGAGGCCGAAGCUGUGGCCAAAGAUAUCGGCGGAGAUGAUAUGGUUAUCAAGGCUCAGGUUCUGGCUGGAGGCCGUGGAAAGGGCCACUUUGAGAACGGCCUAAAAGGUGGUGUGCGCGUUAUCUACUCCCCGACUGAGGCCAAGAUGUUUGCAGGACAAAUGAUCGGUCAGAAGCUCAUCACCAAGCAGACGGGUGCCGCGGGAAAGCUCUGCACUUCAGUGUACAUCUGUGAGCGCAAGUUCGCCCGUCGCGAGUUCUACCUCGCUAUCCUCAUGGACCGUCAGACCCAGGGCCCCGUCAUCGUCUCCUCCUCGCAGGGAGGAAUGGAUAUCGAGGGUGUUGCUAAGGAGAACCCCGAUGCUAUCAUUACCACCCCCGUCGAUAUCCACAAGGGUGUUACCGAUGAAAUGGCUACCAAGAUUGCUACCGAUUUGGGCUUCUCCCCUCAGUGCAUCCCCGAGGCUGUGGACACCAUCCAGAAGCUUUACAAAGUCUUCUGUGAGAAGGAUGCUACCCAGAUCGAGAUCAACCCUCUGAGUGAGACUGUCGACCACCGCGUGCUCGCCAUGGACGCCAAGUUGGGCUUCGAUGACAAUGCCGAUUUCAGGCAGAAGGAAGUCUUCACCUGGAGGGACAAGUCCCAGGAGGACCCUGAUGAGGUCAAGGCUGGAGAGCUCGGACUCAACUUCAUCAAGCUCGAUGGUGACAUCGGAUGUCUCGUUAACGGAGCCGGUCUUGCCAUGGCCACCAUGGACAUCAUCAAGCUGAACGGCGGAGAGCCCGCCAACUUCCUCGACUGCGGAGGAGGAGCCACCGGGCAGGCGAUCGAGGAGGCGUUCCGCCUGAUCACCAACGACCCCAAGGUGACUGCCAUCUUCGUCAACAUCUUUGGUGGUAUCGUCCGCUGCGACGCCAUUGCCAAGGGCCUGAUCGCCACCGUGUCGAAUAUGAACCUGCGCAUCCCCAUCGUCGCCCGUCUGCAGGGCACCAACAUGGCCGAGGCUCAGCAGCUCAUCGCCGACUCCGGCCUCAAGAUCUUCUCGUUCGAGGACCUCCAGGCGGCCGCUGAGAAGGCGGUCCAGUUCUCAAAGGUCGUCAAGAUGGCCCGCGAUAUCGAUGUUGGCGUCGAGUUUACCCUUGGAAUAUGAUCGGGGGUAACGAGGUGGCAAUGGCAGUGGAGGUGGGAGAGGAAUACCAUAAGACUUCUGUUAAUGGAUGUGCUUUUUGGGCGAGGACACAUGCAAGGGGAUACUUCAGAUUGUGUACUUGCCGCGAUGAGGUGUGUGUGCGUGUGUGUGUGUGUGAGAGAGAGAUGUGUUUGAAAUGCAAAGUUUAAGUUGGGGGGUUCAUUUGAUACCGAAAUAACAGCU